AAAAAAAAAAAAAAAAAGUGCAAAAAAUGUGUGCAAAUGUGUGUACACGAAUAAGUUUAAGUGUUAAAAACCAGAGUGUUAAGCUGAAAAAUUCAAAUAUUUAAUAAUAAAAGGUUUUGGAAAUUAACCAAAUCGGAAAAAAACGAAAAUUUGCUCAAGUGUAAAAUGCAUAAACCCCUUAAAAUCGCCGGUAAACCGUAAAUCAACACGCGUACCGCUUCUACUAGCGUACCGUCUGCUGCGCCACAACGACAAUGAAUAUUCGUCAUAGUUGAGGGUACGUGUUCGGUGUACGGUGCGCGUUUAUUGUGCCGUACAUAUAUACUACAAAACGCGAUACGCCACGACGUAACGUACAAGAACAGUUUACAAAAUUCGUUUUAGUAAUUGUUGUGCGACACUAGUACGCCGUCAGUGCUGACCCAACGCCAAACGCGUAGCCUGUAAUCGUGUACGGGCGCUGAUUUUGUUGCAAUGCAAGCGAAUAAUAGUGGCGGACAGCAGCGAACAGCUUUAUCGGCACAAUCAUCGGGUACACCGUCGCAAUCAACGAUCUCGUCAUCGGGGAAGCAACAGGUUGUCGAACUAUCCGGUUACGUUAUUAUUUUGGUGAAAAAUGUUGAAGGUAAAACUAAACUCUACGGCUCACCGCCCGAUCGUGAUAAUCUGGAAGUGGGCGAUGAGAUACUCGAAGUUAACGGUUUGACGUUGGAGAAUAUCCCAUAUGCGGAAAUUAUCAGACAUAUAUAUGAGUGUAUAAAAUCCUGCACGAUAUGCCUUCGCGUUCGUAAAAAAAGCGAAUCGAAAUUGGCCUGGGAUAUUGGCAAUUCGGUGCAGCAGGCCUUUGUUAUCGCUGUUGAGGAGCAAGCCCGUGAGCGGCUGAAACGUUUGGCAGAGCUUAAUCGGGUAAAGCCGGUGGAUAUAACAGAGGUGUCGAAAACGCUGCAACAGCUCAAAGGUGACUCGCUAACCACGCAGAAACAAGACCUGAGCUUCCUGAAUGAGGCCUCGCCCAUCUACGUCACCUCCUUCACAAGCACACAGAUCACAUGCAGUAGCUCGACUGUCACCACCGCCACCGCCGCCACUGCCGGUCUGAUUACCUCGUCAACCAUCGCGCCCACCGCCACGGCGAGUGCGACCGGCAUCAGCACAACAUCGGCGAUUGUGCAUGGCGCUGGACCGCAGAGUUCGACGGGCGCCGCGGAUCGGAAUGCUAACCAGACGACGGCGGCCAUGGCUGCCGCCACAGCAACGAAACUAGCCAAUCACAGUAGCGCAGGAGUGGCAGCGACGGCGACGGGACAGCCCGCCAGCGCUGGUAAGGCACAACAACAACCGCCACCACCAUUGACGUUACAAUUUCAACAGCAACAGGCCGCCCAGUUGGCACAGCUGGCGCAGCUGCAGCAAUUGCAAACGCCCACUAUAGCGAGUAGUUUGCAGCAUCUCGCUGUCGCAGAGGAGGAGAUCGACGAUGACGAUCUGAUCGGCAUGGACGCGGCCAACUACUGUAGCAUUAACUUUAUUAAAUACGACAACAAACACGCACAAUUGCCACCAGUCACGUCGGCGGUGGUGCUGCCCGCGGCGGCAGCCACGCAGCUGCAGAAACAGAUGCAGCUGCAGCUACAGAAACAACAGCAACAGCAGCAAGCGCCAGCGUCAGCCAUGCAACUGAAGCCUACGAAGUCGCAUCCGCACAUCCCGCCUCCGCUGCAGAUCCCCAGCACAAUACUCGUCGACGCACAAACAUCCACCUCACCGUUGGCUGCGACCGCUGUGGGCGAACUAAAGGCUGCGCUGCCAGCUGCGUGCGCAACAACAGCUCCGACGGGCGCAGUGAGCACUACGGCAGCCGGAGUUGGUGGCGGUUCCACUACACCAACAACCGAGUACUCAACAGCCAUAUCCAGCAGUCAUCUGCAGCAGGCAUUCGCUUCAGCGGCCGUAGCGGAUCAACAACAAUUUUACAACAAUAACAAUAUCGCGGCUGGAAUUGCCGUUAGUAACAACAAUAAGGCAGCGGCGGCGGCGGCGGCAGCUGCUGGUGUUAUCGUAGUUCAGCCUACAGCCGGUGCUGGGGCGGGUAUGGGAGCUAUGGCUGCGGCCAGUAGCGCGGCGUAUGGUAGUGGUAUUAGUAGUAAUUGUGAUUUGUUAAUAUCGAAUAAUAUACAACCACCGAGACGAGAGUUACUAACUAAACAUAAUGAUGAUGGCCGACACUUUGAUGUUGAACCGAGUUCGAAUAAUAAUAAUAACAACAACAACAUUAAUAUUAAUACACAAAGUGUCAACGUGCAUGCAAAUAGCAAUGAUUUGCUAAAUAAUACAACAGUAGCAGCAGCAGCAGCAACAACAAAUUUAAUAUAUGAUAAUAAUAAACAAUUACAAAUAAACACAUUAAAAAGUAGUAGUCCAAAUAGUAGCAUAUCAAAAGGUAGAACUGAACUAUUAUUAGGCGAUCAAAGUUUAAGGCAGGACUUGAGGCCACGGCGUCGUUCUGGCUCCAGUAUUGUCGUUAUUGAUGGUGACGAUUUGAAGCCAUGCCUACCGGACGACUAUAUCAGUAGUCAGCAUUAUCGGCAACAUUCUGGUGACAGUAAAGAGAUGAUAGAUCAGGAAAUGUUGACAAUGCUUUCGGUAAAUCAAGAUAAUGGUCCACAUCGUGAGAUGGCUGUCGAUUGUCCAGAUAAUUUUAUCGCGCGUAAUAAGACACCACCACGUUAUCCGCCACCACACCGUCCACCACAGCCACCAACACAAUACAAAUUGAAUAACAAUACACCACCACCACAACAACAACAACACCAACAGACACUAAAUGUCACACACACCAGCAGCCACAACAGUAACGGUAGCGAAAACGGCAAAAAAUCAUAUUCGGGGCUUAACAACAAAUUUGCCGCCGCUGCCACCAGCAACAAUCCAAAUGGCACUACCACCGCCGACGCCGCUGAGGAAUUCGAAUUGGUCGCCAUCGAUGGUGGUGGCGGCGGUGGCGUCGGCGGUAGUGGCGCACUGCUGCAACGUGCCGGGUCUUCGUCAUUUUCCUCGUCCUACGAGGAGUCCAUGAGCAAGAGCUCUUUCGAUUCCAUCGCCUAUUGUCAUUUACAUAACAAACAAAAUAACAAUAUUAACACACUGAACAACAACAAUCAUUACCAGAACAAUAACACCACGAGCAAUUCAUCAAGUUCAUCGACACCAUCGAAGCGUGGCGGUGUAUGUAUCGUCGGUGGUGGCGUACUACAGGGCGGUUCUUUGCAUAGUUCGAACGGUUCCACGCCGGAGGCGCCAUUGAUUGAGGGUCUCGGCGGCGCACCGCCUGAGUAUGAGCUGCUGCCCUUGACGAUAUGUGCGCCACCUACGGGCAAGCAUCGUGAACUGCCCGUCGAUGUGCCGGAUAGCUUUAUAGAGAUUGUAAAGACACCGCCACGCUAUCCGCCGCCUCCACACCUGUCAUCGCUCUCAUCGCAAUUAUCUUCGAAUUCAUCCACUUCAACAGCGCACACAACACUGACGUACAUCAACUCAUCGUCGAACUCCUCCACCAACAAUGGUAGUCACACUAAUGAUAACUCCUUUUCGCCCACGUGCUCCCCACUGUCGGGUGGCUCGUACACCGCAUUGGCUUCAAUUUCGGCUACUGCUUCUGGUCUCGUAUCGUUGUCCGCAUGCUCACCGCUCUCCGAACAUCAGUCAUCAUCAUCAUCAUCAUCAGCAUCAGCUACCACAAGGUCAACGUCAACGUCAACGUCAACGUCCGCUUGUCAUCCACUAAAACAAUUGGUUAAACAGAAGAGUCUCUUGUCGUUGGGUUCGUUGAGUAGCUCCGUUGAGAAAUUAGAUAAAUCAACAGGCGCAACAACAACAGCUUGCCAGCAGCAGCAACAGCAACAACAACGCCAGCAACCACAACCACAAGUGCCAGUAGGUGGCGGCACAAGUGUGGUCGAUGGCUGCUUAAGGGCGGGCAAAGCGGGCAAAGCUGGCAAGGAGUCAGGCAAGCGCAAUGAUGAGUUGAAUGGUUCUGUGAAACCAGUGCCACCGCCGCGUGAUCACCUGCGUAUCGAAAAGGAUGGCCGUCUGAUAAAUCGUACGCCAGCGCCACAAUUGCCCGAUCGCCGUUUGGUCGCUGGUCAGCCGCAGCCGCAGCCACAACAUCAACAGAUAGCACAAAUAGUUGAACCGACGCUGGAGCAGUUGGAUAGCAUUAAAAAAUAUCAGGAGCAGCUACGUCGCCGGCGCGAGGAGGAAGAACGGAUCGCGCAACAAAAUGAAUUUUUGCGCAACAGUUUGCGCGGCUCGCGUAAACUCAAGGCGCUGCAGGACAGCAAGGCGGCCGCACAACAGCAACAGCCGGUUGCCACGGAGACACGUAUUGCGGGCGUGGAGAACGAGGCGUAUAUGGACGAUGAGGAUGUCGAGAAAAUCAAUGGUUACGGCGAACUGAUUGCCGCGCUGACACGUCUGCAGAAUCAACUCACCAAAAAUGGCAUGUCCACGCUGGCAAGUCGCGCUUCCGCCGCACAUAACGUGCUGAGUAGCGCCGGCGUUGCACAUGCGCUCGCCGCACGCGCUGCGGUGCUACAACGCCGACGUCCACGUGUCUCCAACCCUGUGAGCGUCAAUGCCACGAUACUGCAAAAGGAUAUUGUCGAGCUGCUGACACAGUCGAAUACCGCUGCUGCGAUCGAGCUCGGAAAUUUGCUGACAAGUCACGAAAUGGAGGGUCUACUAUUGGCGCACGAUCGUGUUGCUACGCUCACCGACGCCACACCAUCACCACUGCUUAGCGGUGCGACAAGUCCACAGCAAACAGCCGCAAGCGCUGGUGUUGCGCCAGUGCCACCUAGCAAAAGCGCAGCAGUACGAGGCACAGCUGUGCCACCACCCGUAGUUCCACCGCCGCCGCUAGCGCAACGUAGCGCAAUGCCACUGCCGCAGAAUUUGGUAGGCGGUGCGGGGACACAACACGCGCCACCAGUGCCUCCACAACUUGGUGGCUACAUGAAGCAGCCCAUGCGUCCAGAUUCGCCGCCUCUGAGCGCCUGCUUUGGCACGCUGAACGAUCAGAAUGACAACAUACGCAUCAUACAGAUUGAGAAGUCGACAGAGCCGCUCGGCGCAACGGUGCGCAAUGAGGGCGAGGCUGUCGUGAUCGGACGCAUAGUGCGUGGGGGCGCAGCUGAGAAGUCGGGCUUGCUGCACGAGGGCGACGAAAUACUCGAGGUGAACGGGCAAGAGCUGCGCGGCAAGACGGUGAACGAGGUGUGCGCACUGCUCAGCUCUAUGCAGGGUACCCUCACCUUUCUCAUUGUGCCCGCAGGCAGUCCACCACCCGGUGGCGGCCAUCGCGAAAACGCUGUAUUGCAUGUGCGUGCCCACUUCGACUAUGAUCCGGAGGAUGAUCUGUACAUACCGUGUCGUGAGCUGGGUAUUAGCUUCCAAAAGGGUGAUGUAUUGCACGUGAUCUCGCGUGACGAUCCCAACUGGUGGCAGGCGUAUCGUGAGGGCGAGGAGGAUCAAACGCUGGCCGGUCUCAUACCUAGUCAAUCGUUUCAGCAUCAGCGUGAGACCAUGAAGUUGGCCAUUGCGGAGGAGGCGGGUUUGGCGCGCAGUCGCGGCAAAGACAGCAGUAAAGGUGCGACGCUGCUGUGUGCCCGCAAAGGGCGGAAAAAGAAGAAAAAGGCUAGCUCGGAGGCGGGUUAUCCACUAUACGCCACCACGGCGCCGGACGAAACAGAUCCGGAGGAAAUACUCACCUACGAAGAGGUUGCCUUAUACUAUCCACGUGCCACACACAAACGACCCAUUGUGCUGAUUGGGCCACCGAAUAUAGGGCGUCACGAGUUGAGACAACGGCUGAUGGCCGACUCGGAUCGCUUCUCGGCGGCGGUGCCACAUACAUCACGUGCCCGUCGCGAAGGUGAAGUACCCGGCGUUGAUUAUCACUUCAUCACGCGCCAAGCCUUUGAGGCGGACAUACUGGCGCGUCGCUUCGUCGAACAUGGCGAAUAUGAGAAGGCUUACUAUGGCACCUCACUAGAGGCCAUACGUACAGUGGUUGCGAGCGGUAAGAUUUGUGUACUGAAUUUACAUCCGCAAAGUUUGAAAUUGUUGCGCGCCUCCGAUCUGAAGCCGUAUGUGGUGUUGGUCGCACCGCCCAGUCUCGAUAAGCUGCGUCAGAAGAAGUUACGCAAUGGAGAACCCUUUAAGGAGGAGGAGCUCAAAGACAUCAUAGCUACCGCCCGCGAUAUGGAGGCACGUUGGGGUCAUCUCUUCGAUAUGAUUAUCAUCAACAACGAUACAGAUCGUGCUUAUCAACAACUACUGGCCGAGAUCAACUCGCUGGAACGUGAACCACAAUGGGUGCCAGCCAGUUGGGUGCAUAAUAAUCGAGACGAGUCAUAAAAUUAAUGGAAAUACAAAAUACAAAAGCAAACGCGAAGCAAAGAGAUGAAAAAACAGGGAUUUGUAUAAGAAAUAUCAGAGAACGCAUGGAGGGUGGAGAGUAAAAUUGAAUGAAAGAAAAGAUGAGAAACUACGUAAAAAAGUGAAAGUAACAGAAAAAACAGUUUGAAGAAUUUUUGUGAGCGACAUUCAUUUAAUUGCUGCAAACUAAUUUCGCUGAAAGCUCAAAGCGCAGCUGGAAAGCUUAAUAUUUUAUAACUUUUGUUAUUUUGUCUAAAAUGUGUUGCUCAUUUUCUUUUAAAACAUCACUCAGUAAGGUUUGUUAGAUAAAAUUUUAUUUUAUUUUAUUUUAUUUUACUUCUCUCUUUUACUUGCUCUCAUCGGCAAAGUAUUCACCUUUUCAUCUGCGUAAGCUUUCACUUCAAAGUCUUUUCGUUUCUUUUUCACUGUUUCGUCAAAUUUUCAACUAAAUUUUUAACUUUCGCGCUUUCACUGUUCUUCGUUAAGCUUUCACCUUCUUGCAAAGCUUUCAUUUUCCCCGUUGAGCUUUUUGCAGUAAAUUUGGUUUUUACUUACAUUUGCUAGGGAGUGAAUGUAGUUUUUUGGCUUUUUCCUGUCAAAGUGAAUCUUUUGUUGUUUGUUUUUUAUCGAGUGUGACAUAGUACUUACGAGUAUGUUACAUAUAAAUGGUUUCGUGCACGUCUCCCUUGUGAAAGCUUGUAAAUUAUUACAUGUAUGCGUUUGCUCUA